AUGCUCAGAAACUCUCUUCUACUAACUUUUUUGUGCUUAAACUGCGUAAAUCCUUGUCUUCGAACGACCACCACUACAACAACAGUCACCCCAACAAGCGUUCGCACAACAACUCCAAGCACAACAACUCCAAGCACAACAGCUUCAAGCACCACACAGACAAAAACGACCUCUACGACAAGAACGACAGGGGCUACUACAGCAAUGACAACAACAAAGAUGACCGGCACAGCAACAUCGACAGCAACAUCGAUAUUGACAUCGACGUCAUCCUCUACGUCGACAUCAACGACCACUCUUGGUGAUGAAGAACUG